AUGACCUCACUUGCUCACUAUCCCGCUCAAAUGAGCUUUAUGGCUCCGCGCCAUGCAUCGGAUGAGUCCCCUUUCUAUCGAUCAGCCGCUGAUGAGGGCUUCGAGGUAUGCAACUUCACACAGCAACCACACAAUGUCACCGUCCAUGAUGCUCGUCCGCUCCGCGAUUCCUUCCAGCUCGACACGCAUGGGUUUGCUUUCGCCGUGGAUUCCGACGGCAACCGCCCUGAGAUUCUGGAGACCAUCCGCGCUGGUGACAAGGAGGCAGUCCGUGAGGUCUACUAUCCCCUCGUGGAGCAGAUUAUCAAGCGGCAAACGGGUGCAUCACGCGUGGUCAUCUUCGAUCACACGGUGCGACGUCGUGAGGUCUCCCUGGCUGGGAAGAACCCUAAUGGCCGCGAACAGCCCGCAAGCACGGUUCACUGCGACCAGUCUCCCCUUGGUGCCCGGCGCCGCGUCUACCAGCAUCUUCCCGAAGAAGCCGACCGGCUUCUCAAGGGUCGCGCGCAAAUCGUCAAUGUCUGGCGUCCUCUCCGCGGCCCCGUCCAAGACUGGCCCUUGGCUGUCAUGGACUGCAGUACAUUAGCCAGAGCGCAUAUCCAUCCGACAAAGCUCUACCGCAACCGAUUUGAGCUCCGUGGUGAGACCGUCAGCAUCAGCCACGACGAGAACCAACGCUGGUACUAUCUUGAUGGACAACAAACCGAUGAAUGCACGUUGAUCAAGAUCUGGGACAGUAAGGAAGGCAUUUCGGGACAUAUGUGUGCCCAUUGUGCUUUCCAGCAUCCUGAUACCCCGGAAGAUGCUCCGCUGCGUGAAAGUGUUGAAGUGCGGUGCUUGGUCUUCUAUGAGGACCAUGCGUAG